CACACUCGUUUUCCCUGCGCUCCUUCGGAUUGCAGAUUCGCUGUAGAUUCUUCUUGGUUAUUCCUAAAAUCUCCUUGCUGAGAUCUAUAUUCAUCCCAUUCAUCUAUCCCCCUUGCGGUCUACUCUACCCUUCGACGCCUCGCGCUUUGGUUCGCGCCUAUACCUUGGAGUUUGAUCGACCUCGCACACGGUAAUACGCAGAGAUGCCCCGUCCUGCCCCGCGCUUGAACCGCUUCCCUCAGCGUCUGGACUACACGUUGAUUCCUGCGCCACUUGAUCUGUCGCUGCCUGAUGUGACGGAGAAGUCGCCCUUGCCGGCCAUCAUUGUGACCCCUUCGUCCCCAUCUCACCAUGCACCGGACUACUUUAUCGCAUUCCUCGCUCCUCCCCCACCGCCGACGAUGCGCGAACGGCUCGCGGCAAAGUGGAAGAGCUUCCGAUGUGAAGGCGAGACUGGUCCCGUCGCCCUCCCGCCUACCCCUUCCUCGCCCACGACCGCCCAGAAGCUGCCGACCUCCUCUCGCAGCCUGCGCACCGCCCUCCUUGCUGCCAUCCUCGCCCUCGUCCUCCUCUGCCACGUCGUCUCGCACGGCAUCCUGCAGCGGCGGCACAUGGAGUUCACGCCUCAGGCGGAAGCAGAGGCAGAGCUCUUGGAGGAGGAAGAACCGCACCACGGGCACCACCAUGGCCUGCAUCACCCUCACGCGCACAUGCACGAUGGUCAGCGCAUGCACGACGGCCAGCACAGGCAUGCGCACGCAGAGGAGAUGAUAGCGCACGACGAUGAGGAGACGGACGCAUCGUCUUGGUUCGGCUGGCUCCAGCCAGUCUGGGUGCACGGCGAGCGCGGCGCGGAUUUCGUGGUGAACGAGGAGGAGCUGGCGAUGGCUGACGCGGCGGCGGAGGCUGAGGCUGAGGCACUGGAGGCGGAGGUUGAGAGUGCUUCGAUGGAGGCUGAGCAGGCAUCUACGGGAACAGAGGAAGCGACGGAGGUCGUGGAGGCGAUGGAGACGAGCGCUCACGCCUUUGCUCACUAGACCUCACUCUGACCGUCCGUGCUCUUCUCGUCUCACCCCAUGUGUGUUCUACUUUCGAGGUUAUAAAAUUUGGGAUUGGGUCGGAU